AAAAAUAAGAACCCUGCCUCCUCCUUCACAAGUGCGACUAUAGCUAGCUAGUUACGGUAGCGCCAGCUGGAGCAGUAGCCAUGGAUCCAAGCACCACUAUUCUCCGGGUGAAAAGAAAGAGAGGAACUGACCCUGCCGAUGCUUUGCUACUUGCCUGUAAACGUAUUCGACCAGAGACCACAUCCCAGACCGCUGGGGAAUCUGUGCCUGAGCCCGAUGAUACAGCGGUUGAGAAUUCAGUCUUCAAACUCGUGGCGACCGUAGCAUCACAGGAUGCCCCGGUCCAGACACAUGUUCGUGAAGCACUGACCCGCCCCCGCAUGGCCCACGCCCUGCGCCCCUCCGCAGGCAGCUCUCAGAGGAUUGUGGGAGAUCUACGGAGCGCUAAGUGGAGCACCAGGCGGGAUGAGCGAUACAGGAUCCUCUCCAGCCAUCGAGCAGGGCUGCCUGCAGAACAGCCCCCCUCAACGCAGCCAGAGCCCACAGAGGAGGAGCCAGGCAAAAAUGCCUGGAGCCUGGGUGAAGUUCAGGUGUUUGACAUUAUCCAGGAAGAUGGGGACCAGGACAAAGCUUCUAGCAAGUUGCUGACCCCUGACCCAGAGACUAUCCUGUGUAACUCGAUGAAGAUGAUCCGUGAGAAGCUGAGUGUGUCUGGAGAGGGUGUGGGUGUUGAGCAUCGUGAACGGGAGGAUGACUACGUGUAUGACCUUUACUACCAGGAAACAGUCGCAGCAGGCUGGAUCCAGGACAUCCUGUCCGUCAGGCCCUACUCAGACGAGGGAGAGUUGGUGCCUGACUUGGUGGUGAAUGAGGAAGAAGUGUAUGAGGACGAGGAUGAUGAGAAUGAAGAGGGGAACUGGAGGAAUGACUACCCAGAUGAAGACGGUGAGGAUGGCAGCGACAGAGAGGAGCGCUAUGGAGGGCACUGGGAAGAGGAGCACUCGUACAGUCGGAGAUCCUGGGACCAGUACCAGAGCGAGGUGAUGCAAGAGUUGGAUGAUGAUGAUGGAGACAAGGAUGACUCCGACUGAUCUCCAACUUCGAGUAUUGGUGGAUGUGUUUGAGUGUCCUUUUUUACUGUACAAGUGUUGGUGUGAAUUUGUGUGAGAUGUCGCACAACCGUGGUAUGCUUUGUGUGCUUCUUGUUAAAUUUGUAUGUUGGUGAGAUGGUUUGGACUGCGUGUUUGCCUUUUGUGCAUGUUAGUAUGUACAUGUAAGCGUAUGGUAGUGAAUCAUUGUGUGUUAAUGUUUGGGGAUACAUUCCCUGUCACAUGGAGAUUGUACUGUUGAUGUGUGACUGGGGAUACAUUCCCUGUCACGUGGAGAUUGUACUCUUGAUGUGUGACUGGGGAUACAUUCCCUGUCACGUGGAGAUUGUACUCUUGAUGUGUGACUGGGGAUACAUUCCCUGUCACGUGGAGAUUGUACUCUUGAUGUGUGACUGGGGAUACAUUCCCUGUCACGUGGAGAUUGUACUCUUGAUGUGUGACUGGGGAUACAUUCCCUGUCACGUGGAGAUUGUACUCUUGAUGUGUGACUGGGGAUACAUUCCCUGUCACGUGGAGAUUGUACUCUUGAUGUGUGACUGGGGAUACAUUCCCUGUCACGUGGAGAUUGUACUCUUGAUGUGUGACUGGGGAUACAUUCCCUGUCACGUGGAGAUUGUACUCUUGAUGUGUGACUGGGGAUACAUUCCCUGUCAUGUGGAGAUUGUACUCUUGAUGUGUGACUGGGGAUACAUUCCCUGUCACGUGGAGAUUGUACUCUUGAUGUGUGACUGGGGAUACAUUCCCUGUCACGUGGAGAUUGUACUGUUGAUGUGUGACUGGGGAUACAUUCCCUGUCACGUGGAGAUUGUACUGUUGAUGUGUGACUGGGGAUACAUUCCCUGUCAUGUGGAGAUUGUACUCUUGAUGUGUGACUGGGGAUACAUUCCCUGUCACGUGGAGAUUGUACUCUUGAUGUGUGACUGGGGAUACAUUCCCUGUCACGUGGAGAUUGUACUCUUGAUGUGUGACUGGAGAUACAUUCCCUGUCACGUGGAGAUUGUACUCUUGAUGUGUGAGCGAUGUUUGAAAGAUUAACUCAAUCCCUUUUGUAAAUAUGUAGAUGUGUAUAAAAUAAAGCUUUCAAAAUAAA